CGGCACCAGAUACCGAACCAAGUGCGAAGCCUAUCUCGCCACCAUCCCUCUCGGGUUCCUCUCGCAGGUGCCUCUCGUACACCCUAGAUUCGUAAUUAAAGAGGUCUCAACUCUUCCCCACUAAAAACCAUCCUCCUCCAAGGCUUGUGUUGGACCCUUACCUGUUGACAUUGUGCCACCCACCUGCAGUGUCCGACCUUCACCUGCUUGUACCUUACAGUCGCGGCACUUUGGAUGCAUCACAACUGAGACAGCUGAAUUUAGGCUGUCACCGAUGGCUUCGACUACGACCACCAAACCCAAGAAGUAUAUUUGCACCCACGACGGGUGUGGAAAGGGCUUCACGCGGUCAGAUCAUCUCCAGCGCCAUGUUCUAAACCACGGCUUAGGAGAAAGUACCUGCCCCCGCUGCAGUCUACACUUCAAAAGGCCAGACUUGCUAGAUCGGCACAUGGCUCGCCACCGCCAGAAGGAUGAGGAGGCCGGAGGCGAAGGCCUCGGUGUUAUUGAGAGUAGGAAGAAGCUCUGGAGAGACCCUGAUGGCAACAUCGUCAACAAACGACCAGCGCAAUCAGAAUGUUCAGACUCUCCAACCAAGAAGCAGGCCACUGAGUCCGUUGCUUCGUCCACUUCAUCCCAGCCGAUGCUUGUCGAGGCUUUCAAUGGCCAGGCGCCUUUACACGCCGAACCAUUAUCACCACCAAGGUCCAUGCUGAGUUCCGAGUCUUUCGAGCAUUUCUCCCAUCAACUACCAGAGCUUCCCGAUGAUCAUGACUUUAUCAGCUCUGCCACUGGUCAUGAUAACACCAUGUUCGACUUUCUUGCCAAUUCGUCCUGGGGUUCCAACUCGACUACGGCGCUCAACGUCUCAGGUGAAAUGCCAAUUGAUGACAUGUUCGCCGCAGACACUGCGAGUUCAUUCAAUAUGCCUUUCACAACCAUGAACAACUACAAUUGGCUGUUCGACGUUGGUGGGCAGCAGAAUUUGAGCAUGGUGCCCGACGCACAGAAUGCGAUUCCUGAUUCCCAGAUGCAAUUCCAGUCCACAACCCAGAACACUUCCGAAGUGUUCAAGUUGAAUGAUGGUGUCUCCGGAAAUACGACAACCUCGACGAACUCUCUCUUCAAGCAACCUGCACUUCCCCGACCACCAGCUAUGGAAGCUUUUCAAAUGUCAGAGAUCUUUCAAUUCAGCGGAAUGACACCUCAUAAUGCCGGCAUGGCCAAUACUCUCUCAACCUCGCCUAUGGGUUCCGACUCGACAGCCAAUCCUGCAAAUGAGGUUGACUUCUCCCCUCCCACCACUACAUCUCCAGAUUCUAUGCAUACUCAAGCAGCCAAUCAACCGAAUCGAAUGAUGAACAAUGGCUACAACUUGCAAACUCUGCCUCCCAGUCAGCCUCGGCGCAUUAUGCCUACCAUGGAUGAUGUUUCGCGGAACCAGAUACUCGAUCUGCUGGUGGCCGCUCGACCCAAGACGCCAGAAGGCUCCGAAAUCUCUCGCGAUCAUCCUUUGCUAACACUAUCCUCAAUGCAAAACUACCUCGAUCUCUUCUUCUCGCGCUUCAACGUCGCCUACCCCCUCCUCCACCAACCCACAUUUGAUCCUUCCCAGACAGAGCCACUACUGCUGUUGGCCGUCCUACUCCUGGGCGCCACCUACAGCGAGAAGGCUAUCCACAGAUUAGCAGUCUGCAUCCAUGACGUACUUCGGGCACAAAUCUUCCAGCAUUCCGCCUUCUCUGCAAUGCCGGAGCUAUGGAUGCUCCAGACUAUUCUGCUGGUGGAAUGUUUCGGAAAGUCGAGAGCUGGUCAAAAGCAACACGAUAUGGCCCAUCUCUUCCAUGGCCUCUUGAUCAAUCUCAUCCGUCGUAGCGACUGCCAAACUGUACGACAGCCGAACUUUGGUGAAGGCUCUGGUGAUCUCGAAUCUGACUGGCGCAAAGCCAUCGAUGUCGAACUUCGCAAGAGACUGGCGUUCCUGUGCUUUCUAUGGGACACACAACACGCCGUGCUCUUCUCGCAGUCGCUAUGCAUGUCCUCAUUCGAACUCCGAACAACACUCCCGUGUAAUCAGACGACAUGGGAAGCUAGCUCUGCCGAGGAAUGGUGGAAAUACGCCAGAAAGGAACCACAGAUAUCAUACCUCUCGGUUCUGAAAGCGUACAUGAACCCCGACUCGGGUGCCCAGAUUCCCCAGCUGAACGCCCUAUCUCGGCUGCUCGUGCUCCACGGACUAAUGUCCGUACAAUGGGACAUGAAACGCAGAGACCAGACGUCUCUCGGCGUCGGCAACCCAAGCGGACCUAACGCUCCGGAGCAACCAAAGUGGCAGGAGCGGCUAGCUCAAUCCUACGACGCCUGGAAAGCCGACUUCGAAACCUACUGCAUGAACAUGACACUCUCACUCAACGACAACCCGACACGGAAAGCGGAAUUCACGCGCUUCAGCACCGCGACGAUAGCAAUCUAUCACGCCGCACACAUCACCCUGAAUGUCGAGAUUCUCGAUCUUCAGAUCUACGCCGGCGCUCGACACAUCAUCGGCCGCCCAGUCACACGCGCCGACUAUGACCGCUCGCGCCGCAUCGUCAAGGACUGGGCCAAGCCCACGCCCGGCGGAUCGACCCCCGCAGCCAAAGCAGCCUGGCACGCCGCUCACAUGUUGCGUGAUGGCAUCAUGAACCUGGACAAUUGGGACGUCAACAACGCCUUCCACUAUCCUUGGUGUCUGUACCUUUCGACGCUGACGUGCUGGGCCUUCCACUUUGCAAAUGUGGUCGACAAGUCGCUGUCCAGCGCACCUGCGAUCGGCGGUGACCGGAAUAUGGGUCAUGCAAAAGGCCAGGAGUCGCCGUUGGACCAGAACAACAGUGUCGACGACGGGAUCGUCUGGCAUGCCAAGGCCGAGAUGAACGCUUUGGUCAGCAGCAUGACCAGUGUGAUCCCGGAGAACCUGUGGCGCGGGCUGGGGAAGUACUCGACAAGUGGCCUCACCACUGUUAUGGCCAAGCACCUCAGCAAUAUUCGGUGGGCGGUCGUGCACGAAGGCAUGAAAGUGCUGAGAGGGCUGGUGCCGGAGAGGUGUAUUAAUGAGUAUGAGACGUUUUUGAAGUGAGAUUUAUACUA